ACUAAAAUUCGACGUGGCAAUUUAACCAGCAAAAUUAUUGCCAUUUAUCAACGGGUGUGUGAUCUUUUAUGGAAUAUUUAUGUGCAUGAAGUUUCAAAAUUAACGUAGCGAAGGGAACGUGGUUAAUUGCGUCAUAUUCACGAGCGUAAAGACUGUGGUUUGUCAGAAAACAAUUUGUUCUAGUUUGAAGAAUAAGUUGACAAGGUGUAGGACCAGUUAAACGAUCUUGUUUGUCACAAAAGUCCUUUUACAUCACGUGAUGUCUUCGUCGAGGCGUGAAAACAGUCUUAAUGGAUAUGAUAAGGUUCCAUUACUGGCCCAUGGUGAGGACUCAAGUGAUGAAGAUGAUUUGCUGGAUUUGAGAAGAAGUGCACCUGGGAGACCAAGCCGACUCAAAAUGAAAGAUGAUAAACUUAAAACGGUUAAAAAUGAAAUAAAAAGCACAAUGAGUAUUAUGAAAAACAAUAUCAGCAAAGUAAUUGAUAGAGGAGACAGACUGGAAGAUUUGGAAGCAAAAUCAGAAAGCUUCGAGAUGAAUGCAUUCAACUUUAAAUCAGGAUCAACAAAACUGAGGCAAAAGCUGUGGUGGCAAAAUUGUAAGCUGAAGAUUAUUCUGGCAUUCAUUGUUGUUGCCAUUCUCCUUGUGAUCAUAUUGCCAAUUGCCAUCAAAAAGAAAAAUUAGCUACAAAAUGACAGGCAACAAUAUUACUGAGGAUAUCAGUAACAUAACAGCCAAGUGUGAGACUCUUUGCGGUCCAAUUAAAGAUCACCACCCUUUCGAUUGGUGUGAAAAUGAUGUAAUACUUUGUUCCUGUUCAAUGAAUGACUCUUUAUGAUUUAGUUAAUUGUACAGAAACUGUCAAAUUCAUUGAUAUGAUAGUAUAGAAAGUGGGUCUUUUGUCACUAGAUUAAAUAAACUUAGUUGAGAAUUAGCAGAAAUGACAUGUUUAAUUUGUCAUUUUUAGAUAACACUAAUCUAGAAUUUCAGUGAAUUACUUGUCAAUUCAAGUCUGCUCCAUCAAAAAAUAACAAUCAUGAUUCUCUAUACUUCUGAGUAAUUCUUUACUCUCCUCAUUAAUUCAGAACCAAAAAACUUUGAAAUGGUACCCGUCCCUCUCUAUUGGUAUUCAUCCCCAUCAGCAUUUGUAUCAAGGCAGAGUUUGCCAAAAAUAAAAGCUCUGGGCAAAAUAUAAAAUCCCUGUUAUGUGUGUGGCACAACAGGAGACAGCUGCUUGACUUGACAGAUUCAUCCACCUUUCAUUCCACACCCCAAGCUAAAUUCAAAAGAAUCCAGAGGAACCUGGGGCCAGCCCAGUUAAAUCUUACGUCGUGCCUGUCUAUAGAUUUUGUUAAUUAAAUCCAUUCAAUGCAGUCAUAAAUACUUUGUAAGUAUUUGUAAAUUUGAAUUUAUACAGUAUACUGAUGCAAGUGUAUAGCUUUUUGGAAAUUUUUCUGCUUAUCUGCAUAAAUAAGGUGAAAAAUAGUCAUCUGUUUUAUUUGUGUAGUGUAAUGUUCAAUAAAAGUGCAAAAACACUACAGAGAUUUGACAUUUAUAUACUGCU